GACUGCAGUGAGCACUGUGAGCAGCGUCUAAUCGGUCUCAGGAUAAUCUCGUUGAUAAUGUCUUUUAGCGAUUUAAUAAGUAAUCUGCGACAUUGUAAAAAUUAAAUUGCAGUAUCGCGACGUUUAGAGAAAUGUCUAAUUCACUCGUGCAUAAAAGCUUAGAAUUAUUUGGUUACGAGAAAGAUUUGCAGAAAGAGCAAAGGAAGAAGAAGAAACGUAAGGAUAUCAGAUAUAAAGGAGCCUUGGAUCUAAUUCCCACUAAACACAGGGUUAUCUCUAAAAACGAUAAGACAGAUCUCGGUACUAUUUUGGGUCGAUCCAGCAAAACUACUGUUUACGAGACUCAGAAACGCUUAGCUACUCAAAAAGAUCCUACCGACGAAAAUGUACAACGACUCCUUUUACUUAGUAGUACGCGGAUAAAUCCUGGAACAGCAAAUAGUCUGUUGGAACGUGCUGUAGGAAAGAGAUACAUUCAACGACAAGAAAAACCUAAGGAAUCGGAAGAAACAGCUUUCACGGAAGAAGAUUUCAACAAGUUUGAGCGAGAAUAUGUGGAAUGAUAUUGAUAGUGACCGUGACGUG